AUGUCAUCAAAUGCUUUUCAGUUUUUCAUAUCAACAAGCUCAGUUGCAGUAAUUCCUGAGGACUUGCGGAGCCGAGAUCGGUCUGAUUUAAAGCGGUAUGACUUAGACGGAAUCAGCGAGUUGGAUAAGUCGAUUUUGGUGUUGGAUUUAGAAGAAGGCGAGUUUGUUCCUCGUUUGGGAGCGAUACCUGCUCGUAUAAUUGAGUUACCGUAUCGGACGAAGAGACCGGUAGCAGCUAAGAAGCAUGUCAGAAAUCACAUCGAAAUGGUGUCGAAGAAUAAGUGGAUUUUUGGAUUACCGAAUUUGGCAGGUUUGGUGAGGUACCAGCGUCAUUUACAGCGCGGAGAUGCACCUGUUGGAGCGGCGGCUGAUGUCGCCGAGCCGCUGGUCGGUCCCGGGAUCCGUCCGGUGCCUCGGUCUCCAACGGUGGCUCCCGAGAUGAUCGGACGAUGGUACAAAAUUCUGGUUGUCUGCUCUAUAUGCGACAUACCUCGUUGGCGGCGGCUAUGUGGUUGCGGCAAGUGUCCUGCAAAACGGCCAUACUGUCCCUCCAUUGGCUUAUUCCACGGCUCCUUCCGAAACUUCAAGUCGGUAACUUUACCCCCUGUCGUAGUCACGACUCCGCACGUAAUCGAUCAAACAGCGCUGAAGGCCCUCAGGAAGCAGUCAUCGUGCUCAGUCUUCGAGACAAUCAACUGGGACGUAGUUAUUCUUACUCCCGCCGUCUUUGAACCGCCCAUGGUGGUCACACAUGGCGCCUUGGCAAGACUGCGAUGCAGGAAGCUCUUUGUGCUGCUCCAAGAUAAUGAACCACCCCAUAAUCAAAGGCACUGCCAGAACAACAAGUCGGGGCCAGAGGGUACAGUGUCCCACAGCAAUGAAGGGUCUCCGAGAGCGAAGACUGCAAACAUUGAUAAUCUGCUGAAGAUUAACGCUCAGAACCGGCUCUUUGAUCCGAGGAUUGAGACAGCUACUGGAGAGGAGUGCUGGGACGAUAAAGCGUCUCAUUUCUACUAUGAGGCCAGAGCCGAGUUUUCUAAGAAGGAGAUCCCAAAACCAAUGAAGACCAAUUCUGAUAAGAGGAAAGACGCCGCCUCAGCUAGUGAUUCCAGCGACUACGGGAUCGACGACCAGGAGGACUCCUCAGAGUCCGAAGGUAGCAUGCUGGAUCUCCGAGUGUGGAAGAAGCCAGCGUGUGCAGCUAUGUCAUCUCCGCCCGAUGAUGACCGCCAGCGAGAUGGCCAGCAAGAUGACCAGUACGACAACCAGCGAGGUUCAGUCUCGCGGUUCAACUAUGUAGUUAUGAACAUUAGUCUGGAUGUACCGAUUCACAAAAUGUUUCGGAGCUAUACUUAUGAACCCAAGUGCGGAGCUGGGUCGGCAUGGGCAGUGAAGCGGGCGUCCGAGUGGACCGCGGCAGUUGCAAGGGUAUUAUCAGGGUCGGGUAAGAAUGGAGAUGAGAAGGGUGGUGAGAAGGGAGGUGAGAAGGGUGAUGAGAAGGGUGAUGAGAAGGGUGA